AUGCAACACCUCUAUCAUCCACGGGGAGCAGAACAAGCCUCUUCAACGCUACAGGUGCCAGAAAUAAACAUCAGCCAGAGACACGUGCUGGGACAAGACUCUCAUCAGGCACAGGAGGCAAGGCAAAGCAUGUAUCAGUCGGAUGCAGUAGGAUUAGACCCUCACCAAACACAGGAACCAAAAAGUGCCUAUCAGACGUACGCAGUAGGGCGAGAUCCCUAUCAAGCCUACGAGCGUGCGCAUGGCCCCUAUCAGCCACGUGAACCAGGUUAUGGUCUUCAUCAGCCAGGACACAGUCCGUAUGAUGAUCAGAUACCCGAUCCCGAAUCCCGAAUGCUGGCAAUUCAGAAUGCAAAAGCCUAUUUACUGAAGAGCAGCACAACAUCUGGCCUGAACUUAUAUGAUCAUCUUGCUAAUAUGCUAACAAAGAUCCUGGAUGAACAGCCCACAAAUGCAGUAGACAUAAUUGAGAAUAUCAGCAAGGAUGUGAAGUGGGCUCAGUUUCAGAAAAAAAUGGACACUCUUCGAGAUGAACACGAGAUUCUUCCAACAUUUGAAGCUGCAGAAAAGCGUAAAGCUUUGUUCCUCAAGGCAAAUGGAGAAGGAGAUGAAGAACUAGAAGAAGAGAUAGGAGAGACCCCUCUACCUAAUGUGAUGGAAACAGCCUUUUAUUUUGAACAGGCUGGAGUUGGCUUGAGCAAAGAUGAAUCCUAUCACAUAUUCCUUGCCCUUAAAAAACUAAUUAGUGUUCAGCCAAUCCAGACCUGUCGCUUCUGGGGCAAAAUUUUGGGCCUGGAGAUGAACUAUAUUAUAGCUGAAGUACAGUAUCAUGAGGGGGAAGAAGAGGAGGAAACAGAAGAGGAAGAAGUUAUUGAGGAAGGAGGGAAAAGGAGGGGUGAGGUUGAAGAUGAAGAUGAGGAGAAAGAAAAAGAAGAUGAACCACCAAAGUCCACCUAUAAGCCCCCACCUGUCAUCCCAAAAGAAGAAAAUGGGACCGGGGCUAAUAAAUAUGUCUACUUUGUCUGUAAUGAGCCAGGCAAACCCUGGGUGAAGUUGCCUCCAGUGACGCCAGCCCAGAUUGUCUGUGCCAGGAAAAUCAAGAAGUUCUUCACUGGUAGGCUGGAUGCUCCUGUUGUGAGCUUUCCUCCUUUCCCGGGAAAUGAGGCCAAUUACCUGCGUGCACAGAUAGCUCGGAUCUCAGCAGGAACCCAUAUCUCUCCCAUUGGAUUUUACCAGUUUGCAGAGGAGGAAGGAGAUGAAGAGGAGGAGGGGGGGGGAGGAAGAGAUACAUAUGAAGAAAACCCUGAUUUUCAGCCUCUUUCUGUGGUUGAAAUGGUGGAUUCUCUCUCCACAUGGGUACACCACAUACAGAAUAUUCUAAAGCAGGGUCGCUGUGUUUGGCUUAAUCCUUUCCAAAAAUCAGAGGAAGAAGAAGAAGAUGAAGAUGAAGAGGAGAAAGCAGAGGAGCCAGAUGAACUACAGCAAGAAAUAGGACCACCUCUUCUCACUCCACUCUCUGAAGAUGAAGGAAUUCAAAACAUCCCUGCUUGGACAGCUCAGCCUUCUACAAACCUGAUCCCGCAAUAUGCUGUUGCAAUCCUCCAGUCUAACCGAUGGCCCGGAGCAUAUGCCUUUGCAUCUGGGAGGAAAUUUGAUAAUAUCUACUUUGGCUGGGGUCACAAAUACAGUCCGGAGAACCACACUCCCACACUGCCUCCGCCAGUGCAAGCAGAAUACCCCAGCGGGCCAGAAAUCACAGAGACAAGAGACCCCACUCUGGAGGAGGAACUGGCUUUCAAGGCUGCGAAGGAAGAAGCCUUAGCUGCAGCGGAGGAAGAAGACGAUGAGGAAGACGUUGAGGAUGAUGAAGAGGAGGAGGAUGAUUAA